UACGACCCGUCAACGAAUGAGUGGGAGGGGGAGGCUGUGGCGCCGAUGCCGACGGCACGAAAGUAUGUCAGCAUGGCGGUGCUCGAUGGCAAGCUCUACGCGGCGGGCGGCCAGAGUGUGGCCGACAACUUCGCACCUUCCAACCUGGUGGAGCGGUACGACCUGGCUACGAUGUCGUGGGAGGAGGUGGCGCCGAUGGCGGAGGCGCGCGCGUAUCACGCCAUGGCGGCGCUCGACGGAAAGCUGUACGCUGUGGGUGGGCGGGGCCUCGCCGGCCUCCUCAGCUCGGUGGAGCGGUACGACCCGGCGGCGGGUGCGUGGGAGGCGGUGGCGCCAAUGGCGACGGCGCUGCGCGUUCUCGCCGUCGCGGUGCUCGACGGCAAGGUCUAUGCUGUUGGCGGGUACAGCGACGACGACGGCACCCUCAGCUCGGUCGAGCGGUACGACCCGGCUGCCAACGCGUGGGAGGCGGUGGCGCCGAUGGCGGCGGAGCGGCAGGCUCACGCCGUGGCGGUGCUCGACGGCAAGCUGUACGCUGUUGGCGGCUUCGGCCUCAACGGUGACUGCCUCAGCUCGGUGGAGCGGUACGACCCGGCCUUGGACGCGUGGGAGGCGGUGGCGCCGAUGGCGGAGGAGCGGUAUGAUCACGGCGUGGCCGUGGUCGAGGGCAAGUUGUACGCUGUGGGCGGCCUCGGCGACGACGACGGCUUCCUCAGCUCGGUGGAGCGGUACGACCCGGCGUUGGAUGCGUGGGAGGCGGUGGCGCCGAUGGGGACGGCGCGGUACUCUCCUCUCGCUGCUUUGAUGUAGCGCCGGCCAUGACACUGCUGUGCUGGAAGUCGAUUGAAAGACGUGUAAGCAGACCUUGCUCGCGCGCAGCAGCUGCGGACCUCUCGGAUGGCCGUGUGGCCCCGAGAGACUCUGACAGUUCGAGAGACUGAGGUGUGUGUGUGCGCGCGCGCGUACGUGGCGAGACGCACUCGACGAGGACGGCUUCGCCGGCGGUACCGAGUCGCGAGCCGGCGACAGUUGCAACGGGGUGGGUGUGUGUGUACGAGGCGCCGCUUCGACGAAGCGAGGUUGGUACCUAGGUAGGCGAGAUAAGUCUGCGGGGCUCACGAGCCGAGUCUC